GUUGUAUCAAUUGAUAGGUAAGAAUGACAUGGCUUUACGGUGUUUCAUAGAAGGGAUACCUGCUGCUGAGUCUUGCCCUGAUAAUGUGCUGAAAUCUCAGUUCUAUUAUGGCUUUGGUCAAUUGUGUUUCGCAAACAGAGAACUGGACUUGGCAGAACGUUAUCUAAGAGAAGCUAUACGAUGCUUUGAAGCGAUCUUUACCAAACUUGGUAGUCAUGAUGAAUUCAAAAUUUCAAUUUUUGACCAACAUAUUCAUAGUUAUAAGCUGUUGGCAAUACUGUUAAUCAACGGCAAACAGAUGAAGAAAGCUUUUUUAGUGUUAGAUCGUUGUCGUGCAAGAGCAUUGAAAGAUCUUAUGAUGUCAAACUUCAAGAUGGAACAAGAGGAGAGCAAUGAUGAACACCUAGAGUACAGCGAUGUUUCGUCUCUGGUCUCAAGAAAUGACUUCAGCAUUGCCUUUUUUUCACUUUAUUUGAAUGCUUUUUUGAAGUUUUUUAUUGGAGGGGAGACAAAUUUUCAAUUUUCAAUCAGUCUCAAUCGUUCGCUACAGACAUACGUUGAUACGGUGUUUGACGAAAUGGGUAUUCGUGAGGUGGUUGACUGUGAGAACAGGUCCUUGGACAAAGAAGAAGAUAUUCAAAAAGAACAAACAAGAGGCAAAGAAGAAUACGAGGGACUUAAUCAACCAACGGCAUUACUGCUUAACCUCGAUUCUAACAGAGGAGAAUCUAAUGAGAAUAGUGCUGAAACAAAGGGAUCUACUCUAGAAGAUCUAUUUGAUAUCUUAGGGUGUGAUACAAUACUAUCGUCGAAGCAAGACGAGGUUGUUAUUAUUCCCGAUGGUCCCUUAUACAAAGUGCCUUUUCCCGCCUUACAAGAUCCUCGCACGGAAAAGUAUUUAUCAGAGACAAAACGCAUUAGACUUGCUCCUUCAUUAGCGACUUUAAAGCACUUUGAAGACUUCCCAACAGACCAAACCAGCGAUGCCAAGCCUUUGAUUAUUGGUGAUCCUUUGGUUGGGAAAGUCAUGAUGGAUGGAGAAGAACGUGAUAUUGAACGCUUGCCGGGAGCAUUAGGAGAAGCCGCAGAGAUUUCUGUGUUACUUAAUACCCCUCCAUUAUUGGGAGACCAGGCUACAAAGCCAGCCGUUCUAGAGAGGCUAAAACAAGGAGUAUCUGUUGUUCACAUUGCUGCACAUGGUAUCCUAUCAAAAGCUACCAUCGUAGUUGCACCUUCUCCUGAGGUAAGAGCAACAAAGAUCCCUGAUGAAGAAGAUUACAUGCUGACCAUGGCUGAUGUACAGAAGGCUCAAGUACGUGCACAGUUAGUUGUGUUAAGCUGCUGUCACAGUGGACGUGGUGAAAUCAGAGCUGAAGGAGUAGUURGCAUGUGUCGAGCCUUUCUAGCGUCAGGUGCUCGUGCAGUGGUAGCGUCUCUGUGGGCCAUCGAUGACGAUGCAACACUAGAGUUCAUGAAUAAAUUCUAUACUCACUUAAUGGACGGAAUGAGCGCGAGUGCAAGUUUACAUCAAGCAAUGAAUGAGAUCAGGAAUUCUUCCGGCUAUAGGGAACCGUAUUACUGGGCACCAUUUUUUCUCAUGGGUGAAGAUGUCACAAUCUAAUGUAGGCUUGUUCUUCAAGACGAGGACUGAAUGUAUGGACCAUUCUAAACGCCGCUCCACUCGAAUUUAUUACAACUAAGUUCAGUCUAGAAUUUGGUUGAGCAACAGGCAACGUACUUACCGCAUUCUCUACAGGUAUGGAAAGUGAAGGCAUAUCAUAGUUAUGCACAUAUUUCAAGCUGGUCUGAGAAAAAUAUUCGGCGUUGUAGAAGGGAAAAAUAUAAUCGUGAGAAAUGUUAGGGAAAAACAUUCUAGAAAUAGAAACAUAUUUGUUAAACUUUCUGUAAAUAACAAAUGUAAGGAAACCUCUUUAUUUUAAUGACUUGUCAGUAGACAACCUGUUAUUGGUAAGUAAGUCAUUUAUAAUGACUUUGUCGUACGUCUUCCUGAAGUCAACACCUGUUUCAAGCUCUUACGUCAUACUUGGCCUAACUGGUCCAAUUUAGUUUGACCUAGUACAAACCAGUUAUGUGACGUAUUACGUGAGCUUAGCACUAAAUACGAGCUCACUUUAGUUAUAGUUCGAGCUAUAGUUCAGCGAGAGUUGCAGUAGAGUUACAGUUGGAGUAAGAGUCAGAGUUGAAGUCGCAACUAGUCAAGAGUCAUUACCAGAGUUCAGAUUAGUUCGUUGUAAAGUUCUACAAGUAGCAGAAAUAAAGAAGAAGAAGGAAACAAAAAGCGACCAGAAUCUUUGUUUCUGUUUGGGAAAGUAUUACUCCCCCACUUUCCCCCUACGUGACAUAAGUGGUGGAGAUCCCGGGUACGAAGUUCCCGAAAAGGAACAGCUAAAACAGACAAGGAGGCUCAGGAUACAGCCUAUUCAAGCCCACGAAAUACCCAGCACCAGCCAGUGACCGGGUAAAGUUGUCAUGGUUCUGUCAUGAAAAAGGAACUUGUAUUCAAGAUCUAUGGAAAGCCUAGCCAUUAGAGACAUGACCGUUAGAGAUAUAUAGCAGAAACAGCCGAUUGAAAAACAAGACUAAUUCGAAAACUAAGAUGAGAAAAAUAGUUAAAAACAAUUCAAGUUUUAAUUAGCGACAAUUCAAGUUUUAAUUUAAAAAUAUUUGAAAACCAGAGAAGCGUUAUUUAAGUAGUAUUUCAAGUGGAAUCGCUAAUUUGAUUUUUAAGACGAAGACGUGGUAUUUUAGACAUAUGCAUUAAUUUAACAAGAGGAGAGAGAAGAUUAUUUUAUACUUUUGCUUUAGGAAGCAGGGCUUCAGAUUACACAAAAAGGUAACCGGACUUGACUGGUAUAAUCAGUCGUCGGUGGAACAUUUUUCUUAGGAAACAAUAAUUUAAUUUUUAAUCGUUACGUCGUUCACUAGCAAGCUGCCUUGGCGUAACCAGCCGCUGGUGAACGGUCGUCCAUUACGGUUCACGUAUAUUUUAGGUAAACUAAGAAACCACCCCUUGACGCCGCUAACUACACCUGUAAGUAGCUAGCAAAUGUUUUUCCGUGCAUUCAAGAAAAGAAUAUAUGCGUGGGUAUUCUUUUCGCACUUCUUGUGGUUAUCUUGGUCGUACCAAAUUUUAAGCUGAGAACCGCUUCUUUUCUCUCUUCAUGUUAAAAGCAUGCUGUUCAUGUUCUUGUUCAGAAACAUUUAGAUUUUCCUUCUUAUGAUAUUUAGCGGGUAAUUUAGUGAUUAUAACACUAUAUAUAAUAUUCUUGUUCAAUUAUAUUAUAGACCCCUGGCAUGCAGACUACCUGCAUGAGUCCAGUCAUAUAGCUUGGUCAAGCUAAGCGAGUACUGCUCAGUGUACACCUGAUUCUAAUUGUAGUUUUAUCUUCUCUUCGUGACAUUCGAGGACGAAUGUUCUCGAAGGGGGGAUAAUAUGUAGAAGGGAAAAAUAUAAUCAAGGGAAAAUGUAAGGGGAAAACAUCCUAGAAAUAGAAACUUAUUCGUUAAACCUUCUGUAAAUAACAAAUGUAAGGAAACCUCUUUAUUUUAAUGACUUGUCAAUAGACAACCUGUCAUUGACCAAUGGUAAGUCAUUCAUUAUGACUUGUUCAGUAACUCCAGGGUCAAGGAUGUUUGUUCAUUGACAUAGCCUUUCACUUCUAAUUGAGAAGUAUUUUUUGUAGUACAGUUGAUCAUUAAAUUUUCAGACUCUGUA